AUCCGAUGGCCAAGAAGGAGCCUUUGAAGGCGCUACCGCCAGAGCCCGUGGACGAACGCUCGCCUCUCCUAGGAAAUGCUGCAUCAACAGGAGAAGAUGAGCUCGAGGCGCAGGCCGAGCAGGAAAUCAGAGAACACGAUGUCGGCAGUGUACCGCUCGCCGAGGAACCAACAACUCUCAAGUUGGUCUCCACCAUGGGAAGCCUGUGGUUGGCAACAUUCUUCGCUGCUCUCGACACGACCGUUGUAGCAACGCUUUCGGGGCCCAUUUCCAGCUCGUUCCAAUCCGGCACAUCGUUCAGCUGGAUCGCCAGCGGUUAUCUCAUUGCAAACGCGGCAUUCCAGCCGCUCUCUGGCAAGAUGACCGAUAUUUAUGGUCGUCGCGCGGGAGUCAUUUUUGCGUCGACAUUCUUCGCCAUUGGGACAUUGCUUUGCGGUAUCGCGAGAGAUGACUGGGUCAUGAUUCUAGGGAGAGUGGUAGGAGGCGCAGGAGGUGGAUGUCUAAACACCGUUUCUACCUUCGUCGCUAGUGACUUGAUCCCUUUGAGGAAGAGAGGCGUAUGGCAAGGCAUGGGCAACAUUGUCUUUGGCAUGGGCAUGGGUCUAGGUGGCGUAUUUGGCGGAUACAUCAAUGACACGCUCGGCUGGAGGUACGCCUUCUUUAUCCAGCUACCUUUCAUCGUCGUGGCUGGAAUCGUGGGAACCCUCACGGUCAAGAUUCCCGUGAAAAAGACGACCACUUCCAAGAUCAAACGGGUGGACUUUCUAGGCGCUUUUACUCUGGUGUCCGCGCUGGUGUUGCUUCUUCUCGGGUUGAACAGUGGCGGCAAUGUUGUCCCUUGGAGCCAUCCACUCGUCUAUGUGUCGUUGCCCCUCAGCUUCGUCUUCCUUCUGAUCUUCAUUUUCGUUGAAGAUCGUGUUGCUUCUGAGCCUAUCAUUCCUGUCCGAUUGAUCCUUAACCAAUCGGUCGCAGCUGGAUGCCUGACCAUGUUUUUCGAGACGAUGAGCAUGUUCGCAUUGAUCUACUAUUGUCCCAUCUUUUUUGAAGUUGUGCGGGGUGUCUCCUCGACACGCGCGGGCACUCUGUUCAUCCCUCAAGCCGCUGGGACAGCAAUAGGUUCCCUUGGUUCCGGUCUCAUCAUGCGUGCGACUGGCAAAUACCGUUUGCUAAACUUCGCAAUGCAGCUGCUUCAGUUACUAGCAGCAUCACUGAUCCUGGGCUUCUUUGAUCAGAACGUGCCCACUGCACCGCCGUUCAUAUUCCUGCUCAUGGGCGGCUUGGCUUACGGCUCGAUGCUGACCAUUACGCUUAUUGCUCUGAUAUCAGCCGUUGAUCACAAGUAUCAGGCCGUGAUCACAUCUGCGUCAUACGCAUUCAGAUCGACUGGGUCCUCGAUCGGCAUCACCAUCGCGAGUGCUGUAUUCCAGAACCUUCUCAAGUCUCUUCUCUUCGAGCGCUUCGGGGAUGAGCCUGGCGCAGCGGAUCGAAUCCGAAGGAUUCGAGACUCAACCAAAGAGUUGGAUCACUUGCCGCCGGGGUGGAAGGAGGGGGUUAUCGAGGCAUAUGUUGGAGCGCUGAGGGGCGUCUGGGUGGUCAUGCUCGGCUUUGGGAUCCUCGCAGCAUUCACAAGUCUGUUCAUCAAGCAGCACAAGCUUUACAGCAACCUUGAGAGGAAGUGA